AUGGACGCUUCCAAAUGCAAGAUCAGAGAAUCUAGUUCUGCUUCUAUCCUAUAUCACAACUCUGCACUUGACUACAGGCUCAGACCAGGCGGUUUGGUUUUCAACGUUAUCAGAAGGUCAUUUCCUGAAAAGCAUUGGGCUCCUUUGGUGUGGCAUAAGGCUUCAGUUCCUAGGCAUUCAACUACUACUUGGCUAUUUAUUCUAAAUAGAAAUCCAACCUUUGAUCGCCUUGUCUCUUGGAAUGUUGAUCUGGAACCUAUUUGUUUGUUAUGUGGAGAAGGAGAUGAAUCGCGCAAUCAUCUAUUCUUUGAAUGCUCUUUCUCUGGAGUGGUGUGGCGAUCAAUGCUUCGGAGGUUUCACUUGCCUUCAGUGCCCCUGGUGUGGGCUGAUAUCUUGCUAUGGCUCCCUAAUGCCCACUCGGAUUCUAUGGUUAAACUGGCAAUUCUUCAAGUAUGGCAGGCUGCUAUCUAUGAGCUCUGGAAGGAGAGGAAUAGACGGUUACAUGACGGUUUGACGCUGCCGCCUGUUCGUAUAAUGGGAUACAUAUCUGCUGCUCUUAGAGAUAAAUGCUCAGCCUUACUGUCCCUUAGCCAUCCCUUAGGUCCUCGCCUUGCUCAGUUCUGCGAUAAGGUUCUUGCAAAAUCUAUACAGCAUGCAGAAGAUGAUGAAGAUGAGAUACAUGGGAGCGAGUAUUUUGGGGCAGAGAGACUACAAAAACAGCAAUUUGUGCAGGAGCUUAAGAACGAAAUGUCGAAAACGUUAGACCAGAUUGAACUUCUUCAACUUCAUAGCCGGAAACUGAUGGGGCAAGAUUUGGAUUCGUGUUCAGUGGAGGAACUCAAGGAGAUAACUAUCAAACUUGAGAAAAGCCUUACUAUUGUAAGAUCAAGAAAGGCUAAGUUAAAUGAAGAUACGAUAGAGAAACUAAAAGCAGAGAUUUCAGGAGAGAAAGAAGUCUUGAACGAGACAAGUAGUCUACGACAAAUGUUUGAAGAACCGACCUUGUGGAUGCACUCGAGGAGUCUAGAGAGUGAGAAGAGUGGACCAUCAUGUGCUUAUGGAAACAUGAACAUAUCGGAUGUCAAAACUGAGUUGUCCAUCGGAUUGCCUGAAAGUCGUGAGUGA